AUGGAUACGCAGAAAUCAGCCCCUGCGCACCGUGACCCCUCCGGCGACCCAAAUACCUCGAGUAAAUCUCCUCUGCGAAGUUCUCCGACCCAUCCCGGGCCAAGACUCCUAGGUAUAGAAUGGCUUCUACUCUCCACGAUGUUUGUAGCGGCUCUUUUCAUGCAUUACGGACCUCCAAAUAUCUGGCCAUUCUUGAACGAAAUCUCACCUCAUCAAGAUAUCCCGAGAGCAUAUGCGGUGUGCACCCCGUCGGAGGCAGGUAUCUAUACCGUCGACGAUGAAGAUAGCAAGGUAGAGUGUAUGCUUGUGAAUGGAGACAAGAUCGCCAUCACCGGAACGAGGGAUGAAAUGAAUGCAUAUUGGAGCGCAUCAUAUCCUGACCUCGGUCUCAAGAUCUUCGAGGCGAGCGCAGGGUCUGUCAUCGUACCAGGUCUUGCCGACUCGCACGCGCACUUCCUCGAAUGGGGCUUCAAACAGCAACUCCCUCUCGAAGGUGCCAGCUCCGUCAAUGAUAUACUUGAAAAGCUGAAAGCAUACGUCCUUUCACAUCUGGACGUUCGCCAUGAUCAUUCUCGCUGGAUUCUUGGCAUGGGUUGGGAUCAGACGAAGUGGCCCUCUGCCACCUUUCCUACCGCUGACGACUUCGACCGUGAACCUCUGCUUCGAGACCGACCUAUCGCACUCUCUCGCGUAGAUGCUCACGCCCUUUGGGUCUCUCAUAGCGUGCUCAAGCGCAUAAAGGACUCACUGCCUGACACCAUUGAUGGUGGCCUUAUCGUCCGCGAUGACCAACACAGACCAACAGGUGUAUUCGUCGACAACGCCAUGGAGUUCAUCCCCGUCCCCGAAUGGACGGACGAGCAAACGGCUGAAUACUUCGAUAUCGCGGUGAGAGAUGCGUUCAGCGUGGGUCUGACGAGCGUCCAUGAUGCGAUGUCUACGCCGCAUCACAUCGAGUUCUUCAAGCGGAUGGCGGACGAAGGAAAGUUGCCCAUCAGACUGUACCUCAUGGGCCACAUCUCCUCCGAAGAGUAUUGGGGCAAGAACCUUACUCGUCUCAUCGACUAUGGACUCGACGGUAGACUGAACCUCCGCAGCGUCAAGCUCUUCACCGAUGGUGCAUUGGGGUCGUGGGGUGCCGCACUUCUGGAACCCUACACUGACGAUCCAACUACGAGCGGACUCAUGCGUAUCUCGGAACCCAAGCUCAAGGCUUUAGUGGAGCACUUCUACGCAGAAGAUUGGCAAGUGAAUAUUCACUGCAUAGGUGACCGUGCCAACAAAGUCGCCAUAGACAUCUUCGAGGACGUCUUGACAUCGAGCGGAGGUCCAAGCGUAGACGAGUGGAGGCCGAGAAUCGAGCACGCACAGAUCAUGAGGUUGGAGGAUCUAGAGAGGGUUGGGCAUGUCGGGAUCAUAACAAGCGUGCAGCCCACCCAUGCGACAAGCGACAUGUGGUACGCGGAAACCAGACUGGGUCCCGAGCGCAUCAAAGGUGCAUACGCAUACCAGAGCCUCCUUCGAAACUCGCGCAAAGGAAUUCUCCCUCUAGGCUCCGACUUCCCCGUCGAAGGCAUCAACCCCCUUCUCGGAUUCUACGCCUCCGUUUCCCGUCUCUCCGUAUCCGGAGACUCGCCCAACGGCACAAACGGCUGGUACAUCUCUGAAUCCCUCACACGCACCCAAGCCCUCCGCGGCAUGACGCGCGACGCCGCCUACGCCUCUUUCGCCGAACACUCCCUCGGGAUGCUGAUUCCUGGGAUGAAAGCAGAUUUUGUGAUCCUAGAUAGGGAUAUCGUAGACGAGAAGAAGGUGGCGGUGGCGGAUAUAUUGGGUACGAAGGUGUUAGGGACGGUGGUGGAUGGGCGGAUCGUUUACGGGAGCUUGUGA